AUCAGUCUCCCGUAACGUCUCGAGAAAAAUAAAAUCCAGCAUCACUGGCACGCGUGCCCCUCCCCGCCAUCGACAUCGAACGCGCCAGCAGAAUCCCGGGCCGAUGGCGACCGCGGGCGAGGACUCGGCCGCCGAGCUGCUGCUCCGCGCGGCGGCGCUGGUGCCGCUCGAGCGCUACGCGCUCGCCGCCCUCCUCCUCGCCUCCGCCUUCCUCUACCGCUUCCUCGAGCUCCACGUCCUCGGCGACCUGCUCCGCGGCCUCCGCGGCGGCCGCGUCGCCCUCACCUACCACCCGGACUCCCAGGUCUACCACCGCGUCGCCGCCAAGUGCCGCUCCCUCCACGGCAGGUACCUGGCGACGCCGUGGCUGGCGAGCCCUCAUCUGCAGACGCUGUUCCUGGGCAUCUGGGGGAGACCGCCUUCCGUCACGUAUAGAAGGCAGCUGUACACAGUUCGUGAUGGUGGAACCAUUGCUUUGGAUUGGCUACUAGCCUCUGACUCUGAAGCUGCAGAUGGCAGUUCUUGUGAUGGAACUAUUUCUAGUGAUGAUUCAACACCCAUUGUUGUUGUCGUGCCUGGAUUAACUAGUGAUUCUACUGCCGCUUAUGUGAAACACUUGGUCUUUUCUAUGGCGAGCAAUGGAUGGAAUGUUGUCGUAGGCAAUCACAGGGGUUUGGGUGGCAUCUCCAUAACAUCCGAUUGCUUUUACAAUGGCGGAUGGACAGAAGAUAUUCGUGAAGUUGUUAAUUACCUUCAUCAAAAGUACCCAGAGGCUCCACUAUUCACUGUUGGGACAAGCUUAGGCGCCAAUAUUCUGGUCAAGUAUCUGGGAGAAGAGGGUGGAAGUACUCCUGUAGCUGGUGCUGCAUCUAUUUGUUCACCCUGGGAUCUUCUGGUGACUAGCAGAUUUAUUUCUCGCAAGCUAGUGCAGCGUUGUUACGAUAAAGCUCUUGCAAUUGGUCUCAAAGGAUAUGCAAAACUACAUCAACCAGUCUUGUCACGACUUGCAAACUGGGAAGCUAUUACGUCGUCACGCUCCACCCGGGAAUUUGACCAUCAUGCAACUUGUGUUGUUGCAAAGUACGAGACAGUGGACACAUUCUACCGCAAGUGCAGCUGUGCAAACUAUAUUGGUAACGUGUCUGUUCCGUUGCUUUGUAUCAGUGCUUUAGAUGACCCCCUUUGCACAAGGGAGGCCAUUCCCUGGGAUGAAUGCAGGGCAAAUAAGAAUAUUGUUUUGGCAACUACACCUAAUGGUGGCCAUCUUGGGUUUUUUCAAGGCCUAACUGCUGGAAGACUAUGGUGGGUGGAACCUGUCUCCGAGUUUUUCUCUGCUCUACAUGAUAGUCCUUGCAUGCAUCGACAGAAGACUCAAGAGCAUGGAUUGCAAUCUCCGCUGGAAUCAUCCAUCGAUAAGGGACCAUAUGUUAAUCUCAUGGAAGAUGGAAUGGUAGCUGCAGUGACAAACGAGGAUACCAACAUUCAUGAAUCCUUGGAUAAGCAUAAGCAGAUUGUCAGUGAAAUGGAAGGCAGUGAUGGGAGGGUUAAUGUACAACAGAAUGGGAUCACCAGUGUGUCACAGGAUGAGAGUCACAGUGCGGUGAAGAAUACAAGCGGCACAGAGGAUAAUGAACCGUCUGCCCAAGGCCCUGUAGGGUCACAAGAGCAGAGAGAAGAGCUCUCCACAGAUAAAAUCCGAGAUGCCAUCGCCCCCGUUAAGAAAUCCAUUAACCAGCUCAUUCGAUCCCAGGGGAGGUCGGUCUGGUGGCUGGCUUACAUUGCUGUGGUAACAUCUUGGCCCUUGCUCGGUACCCUAGGUUUUUUCUUGUAUAGGAAGAAGUUCAGGAAUUCUUCGCCAGCCAAGCGGUUGUUAAGAGGCUAAAGAAAUUGUGAUGUUUCUGCCUACACAAAUUUGUUUCGCUUGUAAUAUGUAAAAUUCUGGCAAUAACCACUGAUGCACAUAUUUGUCCAUCAGUGCUGAAAGGAAAUAAUAAAAGGUCAAGUUGGCAUGCUA